CGGUGCGACGCCAUCGAGCGGAGUUAGCUUCCGGUUGAGCUACGAUGUGUAGCUCUUUGCAGCGCACAGCGGGCGGGCAGAGUGCCGCUCAGUCAGGAGCGGAGGUGUCGGAGCGAUGGAAGACCGGGGGAGAACAUGCGGAAGAGGCAAGCGAGGGGGCGGGGAGGAGCGGGAGGCACUUUUGUCAGGACAUGUUUCAGGUCCGACUGUGUGGCUGGAGCCCUGACUCGGAUUUCCGCACGUACACGUCAGCCAGGUUGUCCCCCCUGCGCGAUCUUCUUGCCGUGCGCUCGAAGGAUGGACGUAUCUCGCUCGUCCGCGCCGUGCGCGAGGAGGGGAAGCUCGGAACUCUGAGCGACUGGAGGAGGAGAGAUCAAGGACGACGAUUGCGAUUGGGGAGAAGGAGCGCCGCGAGUGGUGGGGACCACCACGGCGAUGGCGCUCUGGAUGGGGGAACGGCUUGGGAGGAGGGGAGAAAUCGGGCAGUGGGGAAGGGCGGCCGUGGCGAACCGGAGCACGCGGGCGCGAGGCAUGACCGGAGGGGGGGGAGGAAAUCGAAGGAGAAGGAAGGGCAAGAGGAGAUUCUCAACCAUUACCCCAGCAUACCGGCUUUUUCCAGACCGAUCGCAGGCGACGAUGGGGCAUUCGAAUGGGCAUGCCAUGUAUCAGAAAACGACAAGUUUGGCAGGCGGCAAACCAGCGCUUACACACAACUGCUCGUUGUGGGUGGGGAGUCGGGGCUUGCAAUCCUUGCCUUGCGUGGAACGGGUACAUCCUCCGACGAAGGUGAUGAAGAGGAGGAAGUUGAGGAAGACGGUGAAAAAGAGGAUGGCGAUGGCGAUAUCGUGGUACGGGAGGAGAGAUCCGUUCCGUCACCUUCCUUCUCAUCUUCCUCCUCCGGAAGGGUGUGGCUGGACAUGGAGGGGGAAGUUGAGCACGGAACCGGGAUCAAUCAGGAGCGAUGGCGCGCUGUUGUCAGAUUGCCAGACACGGCGUCUCUCUCGCGCGAUGCGCGCCACGUGGCACUUCGUCUGAGCAGGACUUCGGCAGGCUAUGGCACUUUAAUGUCCUUCGCGGAGGUCGCAAGCACGAGAGAAACUCCGUUGGAAGAACACCACCCCGCUGCUUCUUCUUCGAGCUCAGCGGUGGCAAGGCGGGGGGAGAAUGGCGCGUCUCCGCCUCAGCCGCCGCAGACGACGGCGAAGACCCGGCCUCUCUCCCAGACAGGUGUUAUCACCGAGAUCGUAGCCGACGAACGCAAGCACAUGUUAGCAAUGAUCGUUACGGAGGGAGUAGGUGUGAAGGGCGAACCUCCUCCUCCUGCCCCUCUUAGUCCGCCUACUACUCCUCUUGGUUCGGUUGAGGAUCUCGAUCAUAGCGUGAUAUUGGCGCGUCUUCCGCGAGUUGCGAUUAUAAUGAGUGUUCACGUAUCAAGCCUAGAGGCGAUGUCCGCCGUCGAUCUUCGCCGCGGGGGCAAUGUGGCAACCUGCGUUCCCCAUUUCGUGUCCUACGGGGUGGGGGGGGGGUCCUUCUUCGCUCUCCGUGCGGAUGGUUGCGUGUACACGUGGAGCGCGCGGGCGGGAGGAGGGCGCCCUCUGGCGGUGAUUGACGUACCCUUGAAGUGCGGGAUCGGUGCCGGGGGUUGCCUGCUUCGUCGAGCCGCAGCCAGUAGAGAUAUGGGCGGAGUGACGUCGGGGUCGGCGGCGGCGACGGGGGUGGCGGCCCUCCCUCCUCCUGCAUCGUCGCCGCCGUUAAACGAGAGUAGGGAUCUGGACGUGCGGAAUCGUGGGGGGCGAUCUCGCGAAGAGCGGGCGGUGUUUAGGAAAAUGAAACUCAGCGGCGAUUGCAAACUCGUCGCUAUUGCGGACGAGAGGGGAGUUGUGUACGCUGCCGGGCUUGCGGCGGAGAGCCCGUGGAAGAGGGAGGGCGAUGAUGACACAUCAUCGGCUUCGUCGGGAUCGGCGCUCGUGCUUGUCGGGCCCCCUACUACGGGUCAGGAAGGCUGCAGGAGGAAAAUGGCGUGUUGUUUCCCCUGGGAAGCAGCGGGAAUGGAUAUCGGCCCAUUGAGCUUUGGUCUCAAGGGGAGGAAAAUAGAGGAGGACAAGGCGGGGCCGACACGAGGAGGAGGAGGAGGAGAAGGUGGUGCGAGGAGCACACGGUUGCGGAAUGGCACCGGCGUAUUCCCUCCUGAACGGAGCUCAUCGCUUGAUGAUCAACAACAUAGCAGGAGCGGCAGAGAUUGGUGGUCGAUGAAGGAACUGCCCCCCACUGCGACGAUGGCGAGCAGGUCGGUGUUUCUCCCUCCGUGGAAGAGCGGGGAGCUGUUGGAUUUCGUCCUAACCCCCCUUGCCAUCGUGGGGUUGUAUUCUUUGGACGGAGGCAAGGGGUAUGCGAUUGGGUGGUUUCGGUUUCGGGUGGCAGCGCACGCAGGCGACGACUGCCGAGUAGGUCGCGGGCAAGAGGGCUCACUUAGCGAAGAAACGGGGAUGUGGAGCGCGACGAUAGCUGCUCUGGGAGGUGAGGAGAGUGCGAUCCCGGUACGCGUGGGAUCGAGACUGUACGUCGCCAGCAGCGGGGGACUCUUCGCACUCCUGCCUCCACUUUUCCAGCAGCGGGGGACUCAGCGCGAGAAGCAGGCUGGCGGGAAUCGUAGUUACGGGAGACUGCGCGACGCGAUGACCUUGAUGAUGGCAGAGGGAGAGGGAGGGCAUCAGGGGGGGGGAAGGUCCAGAGGAGAGGCGGGGCGCCCUUGCGGGGAGAAGAAGGGGGAGGAGGAGGAAGAGGGGAAGGAGAAAGAAGAAGAAGAAGUCUCCUCCUGGCGCAACGUGCAGAAUCAUAAAGAGCAGCAACAGCUCUUAGCUGCCAAUUGCUGGAAAAUGGCGGUUCUGGAGCGCACGCUCAUCUUCGAUGGCUCUAAGCAAGCCGAUCUCUUGCUCUCGUUGAACGGAUGGGAUCCCUUGCCAUUGAAGUUACGCAGUCUGGAGAUUGCCUUGUCCCAUAACCAGAUGGGACCCAUAGAGAGGGCUUUGGAGGAACUGGCUAUGGCGAAGGCCUCGCGACCUGCAUUGCGUAGGCUCGUCUUUGCAGCCGUCGAUCUUAUGCAUAACACGCCUCAGGACAGCAAGGAUCAAGUGCAGGCCGCUAAGCUGCUGGCCGUGGCUGCGCGGUUUGCCUCGGGGGUGAUUCGUACACACGCGAUGAGAGAACUCCGUAGCCGCCACUUUUGGCUGCAGAAGACGAGGACGGAAGCACGUCCUGAUACGCCGACAGAGAAAGAGAGGUCCAAGCGCGGGGAUGAUGGGGCGUCAAGAGGUCGAUCAGGAUCAACACCAUCGUCGACCUCCUCCUCCUCCUCCUCCUCCUCCUCCGCAGCAGCAGUUCCCUCGGUGGCAGACGCUGCGCCGUUGCCAUCGGGAUUCCCCAGCGCCAGUCCCACUGAUGAGAGGAAUCGAUCUCUUCCGUCAUCAGGUCUCCCCCACGGGGUGGCCAGCAAGGAACGAUCCCCUAGCUCUCAGCCAGGAGGAGCUUCUUCUUCAAGUCCCAGAGCGGUCGCCCGACAGGAACUGAGGGACAUAAGUAAUUACUUGCAAACGGUACGACGGCUUCAGACGAGGACACAGGCCAAGGGAUCCUCCUCGCACAAUCUUCUUGCCGUCACGACGGCGUCGGGCGGGUCGUUGAGAGGCGAUACACCGCGGUCAAGAGCGGCGGCGGAAGGCGGGAGCUUGGUUGUGGCCGGCGUCGGCGGUGGACAGGGUUUUCCGCGCACGGGUUCGGGUCUCAGCCUAAGCUUAGCUGCAGUCGGAGGGGGGAGCAGGUCCGCGGAUGCAGCGAUGGGCACUUCGUCUGUCGAGGAGAAUUCGUCCAGCGUGGUCCUGCGCCGCCCGCAUGUGGAAACGCCCGGGGAGAUGUUCGCCCGCUGGGAACGGGAUCGGUGUGACAAAGCCGUGGUUGUGAAGGAUGCGUUGAAGUCCGGACGGGUGGCGCUUGCCGUAGUCUACUUGCAGCAAAGGAAGCCGGUCGACUCUCAGGAAGGUGGGUUUCAUUUGCAAAGAGAGCAGGGGCCCGAUGGGCGCGAGCAGGCAUCCUCCUCCUCCUCGCAGCAGAGACAGAGAACGGGGGGAGCUGCUGGUAAAGGGGGGGAGGAGAGGGCAUCAGGAGGGAAGGAGGCCCUGACAGAGACAGAUAAGGUAUUCGAAGAGGUGCAGGAAAUAGCUCAGGGGAUCGUCUACGACCUGUUUGCCAAGGGGAAAGUGAACACAGCGAUAGUGGCCCUGCGGAGAUUGGGUCACGACGUGGAGAGCGUCCUCAGAGAUCUGGCUUUUGGCUGCUUAAGGAGAGAUCUUCGCAGAAUGGCGGCCAAGGAGCUAGAGUCGAGGGGCAUGCUGACCGUCAAGGAUGCUCGGCUCCUCCAGACUGUCGAGGGGCUGGAAUUGGCCUAUCCCAAUCCGAGUUUUGAAGAUGCAUAUGGUGUGCGCAAGGGAGUGUUUGCGCCCAUAGACGCAUCUGACGACGAUGCGGCUGCAGCUCCGCAGCCAGGACGAGGAGGGGAGAGAGUCGUAGAGGGGACAUCAGUCGAAGGCGGCAUGCUUAACGUGGAGUUUGGGGAGGUGGAUGGCGUCGUGCUGGGGACCUGGGGGAAGGGAAACAGUGGCAGUACAAGAGCCGCAGCAGCAGAAGGGGUAAUGACAAAAACAGUAGUAGUAGGAGGAGGAGGAGGAGGAAAAGAAGCAAGAGGAGGGGAAGGAGAACGCAGAGGAGGGGGGAAGAAGGAUACAGAGGAGUUGGGAGGAGGAGGAGGAGGACAAGAAGAAGGCGCGGAAGAGAGUGACGAAGAUGAAGAGAGUCUGUUUCGCAGAAGUGGGUACCUGACAGUUGCUGCGACAUGGGUUGGGCAGUGGGAUCGAUUCACUCUGGCCCGCAUCUUCUUGGAAAGGGGUAUCGUACCAGCUGGGCCGUUUGUCUGGGAGGCGAAGCUGCAGCUACUCGUGGCACAUGACGAUAUUGGACAGCUGCAGAAGCUUCCUGUGCAGAGCAUUCCAGACGCGUACUUGCAAUCUGCUGAGCUCCAGGUCUCCCUUGAGGAGUUUCAGGAGGAUGGAGGAGGAAGUCGUUGCGGGCAAAAGAAGGGCCAGAGGCAGCAACAGGUGGGCUUGAGCACAGUCGGAUGGGAGGAUGACAUUGCUCUGGCGGAUGCUAGAGAGGCCAGUGGAACGGGUGCUGCUGAGAAAGAGACCCACCCGGGAGGGGACAAGUGGGGGGUCGGUGAUACCCGCUUUUUUGAACCUGAAGUCACUACCCUGGAGCAGGUUCAUUUUGUGAUCGGGGAGGUGAAGUUGUUGAACGUGGACCUGGGUCCACUGUGCACGCAGACUCUGUAUGCGACGAUGGCAGAGAUCCUCGCAAGGUAUCGCAUUUUCCUCCCAAGGCAGUCGUGGAAGGCUUCUGAGCUUUUGACAUUGUUGGCUAGGGCGGGGGUGUUCAUGCCGGCACAGAAAAAACUACGAGCACCAGCAGCAGCAUGGAAGAAGGCCCAAGGCUCGGCAGGUACCCGGGCAUCGGCGGCCCGAGAAGGCAGCUUGGAAGAAUCAUUACCCGCGGCGAUAGAGGGGGUCCAUCCCCUCGUUGUGCAGCAAUGCGUGAAGCAGAAUCUGCCUCACGUGCUGCAGCUAUAUUUAGAUCACCAUUGUCUGGGUUUGGAUUCGUCUUCUGUAGGCUUGUUUCGGGUCGCGGCGGGCGAUUGCCACUGGGCUCAUUGGCUCAUUCUCUCGCGCCUAGGGGAGUCUUCCGAGUACGAAGCUUCUCUCGCAAAUGCGCGUUUUACACUCAAUCUUCGCCGCCUUCACCGUUGUCAGACACAGCAGGCAGGUGUCGUCUCUUCUUCCCUCUCUGCUUCCGCAACUUGUCCUGACGAUGUGGGUCAUCGUCAUGCUGAUGGCGAUGAACGGGACGAUAAGCUGCUUGAAUAUCUGACGGUCGACGGCAUUGCCAGAGAGGGAGGCGACGACGCUAUCAUGGUGGCACUAGCCAUGCUUGUUCAUGCCCCUGUGCCAUUGGAAAGCUGCUUGGUGCCGGCGGUCCACUCUUGCUUUGACAACAACACAGCAGAAUGGAUGAUGCCCACGUCACCCUCCGAGCAUACUCCUUCGCCGAGCACGGCUCGACUCGAGGAUGGGGGUGAUUGUGCGGAUGAGGGCAUUGAUGAGGGCAUUGAUGAGGGCAUUGAUGAUGGUGUUGAUGAUGGCGUUGAUGAUGAUGAUGGUAUUCAUGAUGAUGGCUUGAUGGGAUCACUAUUAGGCCGACCUGGCGCACAUGUGCAGUAUACGAGCGAGAGAACAGCGUACCUAGGUGGUGGUGGUGGUGGUGCUGCUGCUGCUGCUGCAGCUGCUGAGGAUGGAAACCAGGAGUUGUUGCCGUUUUUCAAUCCUGCUCCUCCUUCAAGGCCUUCUUGGUUCUGCAGGGUAGAUAGACUGUUGGCGGGGCUCAAAGAGUAUCCAACGUUACGGAGAGCUUUGGAAGAAGAGGUGAAAAGGGGGAGGACAGAUGUGGAAGGGAGUCGACAAGAUGUUGAGGGCCGGGCUGAGGAAAGCAAACAGCUGUCAACGUAUUUGGUGUGGCGGCAGCAGUUCUUUAGUUCGUGGAGAGGGGACACUUCCCUGCUACGAAUGCUGCCACCUAGCUUUCCUUGGAACUUGCGGAAGCUCUUGGCUAUGGCAGUUGGCGGCCCUGCCGCGGACGGUAAGUCCUGGUCAUGGGAGACGAGGGAGGCACUCGUUGCUGCAGCUGUCUCUGAGAUGGCUGGAAUGCAAGGCAUGAGAAAGAACGUUGACUCGGAUUCGUCCAUUGUGCUACUGGAAGCAGAGGUGUCCGCUUGGGAGCGGUGGCUGCAGCGGGUCACUGAACAGACCUUCUAUUCUCCGUCUUCUCAGGAAGUUGCCAUGGGGAUGGAGUAUUACCUCCUGCAAAACCGACCAUUGAAGGCUUUUGACUGCUUUCUGGCUCGACGUUUGGACAGAAAGAGCCCUGCUGGGGGCACCAGGAGCAGCAACACCAACCACGUUGUGGGGGAAAAACAAUCAUCUAAGUCCGCAGGAGGUGAUGCAGUUGGGGGGAUGCUGAUCAAUGAUGAUAACCAACAGGAUCAACACAAGUCAGAUGAGGAAACAAUGGCAUUGCUUGUGCCGCUGUCGGUAGAGGAGGAGGACGAUUUGUUCUCCAUUGUUAUGCCAAUUGCAUUGCAGGAGUACAACAACACUGCAGUCGUGACGGCGUGUGCUUGCCUGUUGGAUCUCUGCGGGGCUCCAACUCUCAACCUACAUGUAGAUGUGGCAGCAUUGCAUCGCAUUUCCCAGUUCAUGGGCAAGAGGCAACUCGUCAACACCCAGCAAGGGCGGCUGGGCUUAUCCGAGAGCAGGAGGGUAAAUCUCGAGGAGACAGCGUCUGUGCUGGGAAUGUCAGUGGACUCGUUGAUCGAUGAUGUGGCCGGUGCGCUUGCCCGAGGGUUGGGGGAUGAGUACAGGGUGGGAGGAAUAGGUGCAUAUCCGGUGGUGGAUGUUGCGGGAGGGGAAAGGGAUCAACCUGGAGGUGCAUCAGUGGGUGCAGGAGGAACCCUACGGCCGAAGGCGAGUAGUGUGGUUAUGGCGAUGUUGAAAUACUUGGAGCUAGCAAGUGUUUUGUCAGAAGGUAAUCAAGGCGGUGAUGGUAGUGACGCAAGGUCAGCUGCGGCAUCUGGUGCAGAAAGGGGUGCUUCUGGAGUUGCCACUGCUGCAUCCACGAUCACAAUGUGGCUCCCCUCCUCUGCAGCUUCCAUAGGUGGUUGGUUGGCUGGCAAAGUGGGUGGUGAUUGGUCCAAAAUGAGGGGUGAACAACGAGUCACGAGUGACCGGUGGGCGUUGAUGUCAGCUUUCUGCAAGAUUCAUCACAUCUCUCCGAGGACCACUUACCUGCGCCGUCUUGCUGAAGAGAACGACUGGAUUGGUUUCUUGGCAGAGGCGCAGGCAGGAGGAUAUUCUCUGGCCCAGGUGCGGUCUCUUGCAGCUGCGGAGUUCACGGAUCCAGGGCUCCGCAGUCAUAUUAUAAUAGUGCUCGACAAUCUUCAAGCCAUGGCAACAACUUCUGAAGCACUGAUCCCACCAACUCUCCAUCAACCAGUGUUGUCGGCGGGAGUUAUGCUGCAGCGGAGUAGUAGACUAGCUGUCCAGCAGAACACAAGGGAUACUGUUGCAAUGUGUGCAGCGAGAGCAGGCGGGGGGGGCACCCCUACUACUACUACUGCCCACUCUCUUUCUUCCCCCGUCUUUCCCGCAACUGCCAGGGUCGCAAAGGGUUUUGUGGACAAGGAUGGAUGGCUGUGGGGCCCUUAUGCCGGUGGACCGCCACUCUCUGAGCUCUUCAGUGUGGUGGGAGAGUGUGAAGCACUCACACAUCCAGGCAAAGCCCUCCUCCAGCGUGCAAGAGAGGAGAGGUGGUCGUUGCUAGCAGUUGUGGCAUCUUGUUUCGACGAUGUUUCUCCCCUGGACUGUUUGAUUUGUUGGAUCGAGAUUGUAGCUGUAAGUCUUAGAAUAAUACCAGCGAUUUCAGACCCUGCGUUUCUUACGGCUCCUCUUCCCACGACAUGUCCACCUGCUAGCGAUGGUGUAGCUGCUACAGCAACUGUUUAUGAUGAUGUGGAGGACAACGAUGGCAGCAGCUUAGUGGGGCUGACCUCAGGUGCUGGUGAUUUGGACAAUCGAGAAACCAGCAGCGCUGCAAUAGCUGCAGAGACGGAAUUGCGGACAGAAGGUUUUCAAGGUGAUUAUGAAAACCGAUCCGUGGCAGGGACGAACGGUGUGGGUUUGUACGGGACAGUUGAAUUGACCACUCCGGAGCAGAGGCCUAGGAAGAGGCAACGGAGGGAGGUCCUUGUGGCACCUGCCAGAAAGGGUCGGAUUUCAAAGCAGUCUUCGGAUGCACUGACGUGUGUGUCAUCCACGUCUCAUCACUCUGCUUUGCAACCAUUAUCAACCGGUGGAGGGGAGGGUGGGAAUGGCACAGAAAACCUACUUGCACGGCAAGGCUCGCUAGGUAGUGAUGGCACAUUCUACAGUGCGGAGUCCGAUGCCAGUGCCACUUCUGACGAACCACCACUAGAGGGAGUCAGAAGGAGGAGGAGUUUUAACAGGAAUGGUACUAUUGCUGCGGCAGAUACAGCACCAUCCAAGACAACUGUUGGAGGAAGGAAACAGCAAUUCCUGUCAGGAAGAGGAGACUGCUUCAGGAGACGGUACAAGGGGUCACACCUUGUUGCAAUGACGUCCCUCCUAUGCAAGGAGAAGUAUUUCCAUCUUCUUCUGAGGGCAUUUGAGUUGUUCAUGCCCACAUCACCGUUACUGAACUUUCUUCUCUUUCUGCAGGCGUUCUCCCAGAUGCGUCUCUUGGAGGCCAGGAAUCAGCUGCACGCUUUCUCGGUGAACCUUGCUCAAGAGCGAUCGGCAUGUAAAACAAUAGAGGAGAGAGAGGUGAAAACUGUGUGGCUUUCGGCUGUUGCCGUUGCUGCUGCAGAUUCCACACUAGAUGCAGUCCCAACCAGUUAUGAACGCAGGUGUUUGUUAAGUCUGCUGGCGGGCAUAGAUUUUGGGGAGGGAGGAGGGGAGGAGGGAAGGAGCGAGAGUCUCCUGAAGAGGAAUGGGGGUGAAGUUGACAUGGAUGGUAGUAGGUCCCGUCUAGGGACGAUAUACAAAGCACUGGUGAGGCACGGGUGUCGUCUGAGUAUGGGCGGAAAGAGAAACAAGGGAGAAAUGAGAGGAGAAGAAAGUUUCUGCCUUCGCAAUGCGUGUGCUGGCGAGAGCUACCGCCAUCUCUAUGUAGCUGAGGAAAUUAUUGAGCAUGCUGGACUGAACGACAAGUGGAUACAGACUUCGCAAGAGGGAGGAGGGGAGAAGGGGGAUCAUCAUGAGUGGCAUGAUGUAGAUCAAGAGGAUAGGGGGAUGGAAGAUUAUGAAGGGGAGGAGGAAGAAGCCGAGGAGGCGAGUUCUGCGGCUCUGGGGGUUGAUGGCAUCUUGGAUGCUUUGGAGGAUGCUGACCAAUGGGAUGCUGCACAUAGAUGGGCCGAAGAGUGCGACAGGUAUGCUGGCGAAAUUGAACAUGCAUAUGAUCGAGUAACUCUCACUCAGGCCGAGGCGCUGCUGGAAGAAUGGAGAGAUCUCCUCUGGGAUGAUGCGGAGGAGAGGCUUGCUGUUUGGGGCCACUGCCACUCCCUGUUUCUCAAACAUAAACUCGCACCCAGCAAGGCUGGGGGGUUCUUCAUGCGCCAUGCUAAGGAGCUGGAGGAGGCCGACUUUCAGAGGGAGCUUCACAGAGUUCUCUUGCUCUGCUUGCAGUGGUGGAGUGGGUCUGUUAGCGAGUCCUCCCCUUGCCGCCCGAUCUCUGAGCUAGAAGAUCUGAAGACGCGCAUUUGGUUGCUUGCUGUUGAAUUGCGUGCCAGCGGCGACUCUUUGCUGGGAUCGUCGACAUCGUCCAAGGCCCUAGGAAAGGCUUCGUCAGCAAACAGGGGGGAAGGGUCACAGUUGUUGUUUAUAACUACCUCUGGCACUGCCAUUGCCUCUUCUAGCUCUGCUGAUGGCUCAACUCCCAUCCUUCCACAGGGCAGUGAGUCGCCCCUAGUUGCAGAGACGGCACAGGCAAUGAUUGCCAUUGAUUUGGCAAUCCAGCGAAGCGUGGUAGAAACAGCGAGUCCCAUGGAACCGAAGACGGGGAAACCAAGCAUCGGCUUGCAGGGAAAAAGGAGUCAUGAAGGUUUACAGAUGGUGGGCCCGCAGGAAGGUGUUGUUAUGGCUGUCUCUGUGAGUGGUGGAGAAGGGGUUGCAGCGAGAGUGGCGGGUCCCCAAAGAGAACACCAUGGAGGGGAAGCUGCUCCGGAUGUCCACGAAGGUGCUGCAAGCGAAAGGAAUGGUAAUCGUCGCUCAGUUGUGGACGAGGACAUCGACGAUGGUGCAGUCGGAGAGGCAGUGAGAAGUGGGCGAGGUGCAGAGAAGGCCAUGUUUGUGCUGCUUGAAGAGGGUCAGGUUGGUCCUGCUCGACUUCUUGCGGAGAGAUUCUCAUUGGGAGCAAGCGAGAGAGAAGAGAAACUGACCGAGCUCCUUCUCAUGGUGCAGACAGCAGAGGAGGUGGCACAGGCCUGUGGAGGAGGCACUGGGUUAUCGAAAGGAGGGACCCCUAAUGCUAAGCCUUCAACGAGUGCUGGUUCACUGAUCGGUGAGGCAGCUUGUGUGCUUCCUCAGGCUGUCACGUCGCAGCUUCAGAAAGCUGGGUUUGUCAAAGACUUGCAGAAGGCCACACCAUUGGAGAUUCUGCUGGAAAUUAUGAAUGCGUGCAAGGACGGACACGGGCGGGGCCAUUGUCGCCGCAUCCUCACUCUAUUCCAGGUGGCAGAGUAUCUGGGUAUCUCGUAUUCGGAAGUUACCUCGAAGAAUCCAGCAGAGUUGCUCCAGCUCCUCUCCCUCAAAGGCCAGGACGCUCUUCCCAUCGCCCAUGCGCUUGUGUCCGUGAGUCACAUGGACUCUGCGACGAUCGCAAAAAUACUAGCGGAGUCCUUCUUAAAAGGCGUGUUGGCAGCUCACCGUGGAGGGUACUUGGAUGCUCCUGACAGAGAAGAGGGGCCAUCGCCUCUCAUCUGGAGGCCGGCAGAUUUUGUACAGUGGGGAAAACUGUGUCCACAGGACGCAGAUCUUGGACAUGCCUUGAUGAGGCUGGUCAUCAGCGGAGGACAUGAUGUCCCGCAUGCCUGUGAGGUUGAGUUGAUGAUCCUUGCACACCGUUACUACGAUUCGGCAGCAUGCUUGGAUGGUAUUGAUGUGCUUAUGACAUUGGCAGCUGAGAGAGCAAAUGCGUAUGUUCGGGACUCGGCUUUUCGGCCGUUGGCUCGGCUUCUCACUGGGGUGAGCAAUUUCCGCGCCUUGCGUUUCCUCUUCGACUUGUUGAUUCAGAAUGGUCAGCUUGAGCUACUGCUUGGGAAAGGAGCAGCUUCUGACAGCGGACCUCAAAUACGUGGAAGUGUCAGAGAGUUCCGCAUGGCUGUCCUCAGUGCACUGAAGCGCUGUCGUCCUGAUGACAUGGAGUCCAUGGCAGUGGUGUACCAUAGGUUCAACAUGGCGCACGAGAUUGCCGAGUCUCUGGAAAACGCGGCACAGGAAGGAGUCAAACUUUGGGUCGCCAAGCGCAACUUGGACCAGAGCGAUGAGCUUCUGGCCAUCAUGGAGCUUUAUGUUGAGGCAGCAGAGGCAUGGAAGUUGGUAGAUUGUGGGGUCGGAGUUGCACGGUGCGUUGCCCAGGCGUCGCUGCUUUCUCUUCAGCUUCGCAUGCCGGACAUGAUGUGGCUGCAGCUCUCCGAGUCUGCUGCUAGGAGGCUGAUGGCAGAGCAAACUCAGUUCCAAGAAGCUUUGGUUGUCGCCAACGCCUAUUGGCUCAACCAGCCUGCGGAGUGGGUCUCUCCAAUCUGGAAUCAGGUGCUGAUUCCCGGCAGAGAACAAUACAUUCUCGAGUAUGCGUCGGCGCUGCCAUUCACCAAUGCGCUUCUCAUGGAGCUUGCACGGGUGUACCGGGCCGAAGUCACGGCGCGUGGGACCUCCUCUGAGUUUCCCAAAUGGUUCCCAGGUGGAGUGCCUGUCGAGACCGGAAGAUACUUGUCCAGGUCAUUUAGGCUGCUGCUCAGGCAGGCCAAGGAUAUGCGCUUGCGAUUACAGCUGGCGACCGUCACACUUGGAUUUCCGGAUGUAAUUGACAUGUGCAUGCAAAUGAUGGACCGUGUUCCAGAGACAGCCGGGCCCCUUGUUUUGCGCAAGGGUCACGGUGGAACUUACCAACCAAUCAUGUAAAGAAGACAGGGAAUCUUCUCAAAAGAACUUGUCCAUCUUUGUAGUGUUGUAGCUUGUAAAGAUAGCGCACGAGAGGUACUAGAGCACUGGACGCGUGGGGAGUCCAGCCGAAAUGAGUGAGACGCGAACCCUACCCAAAAAAACACAAGUGAUUUAGCCCGAUGAUGUUGUGUGGGAUGUAUACAUCACAUCAUCUCGCGAUGGGUUCAUUGGUUUGGCUGGUCUGCGCUGCUGUUGUCCAGUGUUAGGUAUCGAUCGUAUGUGUUUGGGGAAUGUAAAGUGGGAGUGGGAGGAUAUUCAUUUUCUUGGCAAGGUAGCAGGUUGUUCUAGACUUUUCAAUAAAUCGAUCCUAUUCGAGUGUGGUGUUGGACAUAGUCAUCGCCACCCUCCUUCAUGGGAACGAUAAUAUGCUGGAUCAGUUUGCGGUAUCAUGAUGCAAACAAUCAAAUGCAUUUGACUUUCACAGUUCUGGAUUGCAUUAAAAAAAAAAAAAAAAAAAAGUGGCACUGGAGCGCAAAUGGAAUGCAAGCUGGUCUCUCUCCACGCAUCGUUGAUUUGACCGAAAGCGCCCUUUACUCCGAUAGCUGGCUGGCUGCAGGUGCUUCACAAUGAGCCGGGGGUGGGGUAAUCAGCAGUGUGCAUGCCGUCAUAUGCCCAUUGCUGCCGGGUACUCUGCUCUGCUCGGAUGUUUUCGAAAGGUGGGCGAGCCCCAACGGCGAAAUGUAAGCCUCACCCGUGGCCAAUUGAAUGGCCGGCGGUCGUGGGUUUCUCAAAAGAUCCGGACAUUUUUGGCUGUGUGAUGUGGCUUGGGGGGACAAGGAGGAAAACGAAGUGGUGGGGCCUUGCUCCAUGACUCACCAAAUUUGCAACAUGAGAAUGAAUCUUCUGCGAGAGCAUGGAAUGCAUGCAGUGAGAAGUGGAGCGAGACCCGUGCUAGGACAAUUUGAGUGCCGCGGUGGCGCGGCAGGGUUUGGUAGGUGCUUGGAAAAUGGGUUGCUGCGGUGCAAGGGCAGGGAUCGGACACACCAGCACAAGAAACAUGGAUACGUGCAGUGUGCACACACAUGUGCACACACACAGGUGCAGGCGGACACACUUGUUCGCUCGUGCUGGAUGUGGGGUAUGGACUUGGGAGACAUUGGGCCUUGCUCCACUGCACAACAUUUUUAAAAGUAUCAUGUCAAGUUGUGGUUAUGGUUCCGGUGCAAAAUGUUCGAUCUGUCCAAAUGAAUAUGGUCCGGAACACAGUCCGGAUGCGUUUAGAAUGUCGAGUAGUGGAGGGAGACUCGAUGACCAGUUAAACAAGCCACCACUUGGCCCGAUGUUGACUAAGACUGUGGCGGUAUUCACACUGGCUGUGGCGGAAAGGGGUUUGGCCUACUGGCCAGAAGGGGGGGCUGGGCUGGUUGGCAGCGCAUGUAAUUGUGAGUGCGCCCGCUUUGGUGUCUUUUCCUGCUCAUUCCUUGCGAUGGAACGUUUGCAAAACAAAUCCUGAACAUACCGAAUAUUAUAGUCUAAGUGAAGAUCUGUUUGGGAAUACUAUAUUUUCGAUGUAGGAUAAAAUCAUAAAAAUUUAAACAUUUCGUGCGAUGGAACGUUUGGAAAACAAAUCAUGAACAUAUCG